CUUGACAGUGGUGUGACAAACACUGAGCAGUCGAGUCGAGUCGAGGGUGAAACAGGUUUUCAUUGUGGCGUGGAUUCACUUCACAGUUUGUACAGUUAUAUAAUUUGGGGGUGUUCUCUCUAGAUUCCGGCGGCGUUUACAUUUCUCUGUUGUUGAUUGUCGGAUCGGAAUGGCCGAGCCGAGCGCCAGAUAUCAGCAGCUGCCAAAUGAGGAGGACCCAGAGGAGAGUCCACAGGUAGCAGCUGAUGCCCCACCCCCAUACAGCAGCGCCACAGCAGAAAAUGCUGCCUUCUUUGACUACAAGGAAGAUGGGGCUUUCCCCAAGCCUCCGUCGUACAACGUGGCGACUACUCUGCCCUCUUAUGAUGAAGCAGAAAGAACCAAGGCUGAGACUGCUGUUCCUCUGGUAACAGGAAGACAGCAGCCUCAGCACAGGGAACGCCUGGAGACUUUUGACGAUGUAAUUCGCAGUUCACUAGAGGAUGAAGACUUUGUUACCAGAGAUGACUUUGAAGAUGCUGAUCAGCUGAGGAUAGGAAACGAUGGCAUUUUCAUGCUUACCUUUUUCAUGGCAUUCCUGUUCAACUGGAUCGGUUUCUUCUUGUCUUUCUGUCUGACCACCUCAGCAGCCGGCCGCUACGGGGCCAUCUCAGGCUUCGGGCUCUCUCUCAUCAAAUGGAUCCUAAUAGUCAGGUUCUCCACAUACUUCCCUGGUUACUUUGAUGGACAGUAUUGGCUGUGGUGGGUCUUCCUGGUUUUGGGAUUUUUACUCUUCCUCCGAGGAUUCAUCAACUACGCCAGGAUCCGCAAGAUGGCAGACACUUUGUCCACCCUGCCCCGCACUCGAGUCCUCUUCAUCUACUGAGAUCUCAAUCGAUCACUUUUCAUUAUCAUUUAUUUUUCUCUCUUUCAGCGAGACACAAUGUCUGGCUUAAUCAAAUUUAAAAGGGGAGAAAAGAGCAUCUUUUCUUCCUCUGCUUGACGUGAUUGGGACAAUACCAUGCCAAUUUCCCUUCAUGCUGUAAAAUAGUGAGUGCUGAGAAAUCUGUAACAUUUUCAGUUGUUUGUGGUGAACUGUAAAGUGCUAAUUGCAAUUAUGAAGUAUUUGAUGUAUAAAUGAAAGCCUUAUUUUACUGCUUUAUUAUCUGUUGGUAGCAGCAGCAUGCACUGUUUUCCUGCUUAUCCACAAGGGGGCAGUCUUGUUUUUGUUUUUUCCCCACCAGGCUUCUUUCUGAUGAAGUCAUUUUUAGAAGGAUGUGGUUUACAGUACAGGGGUCAAUGGGUUAUUUCAGGGUUAUGGUAAAUGUAAAAUAACAUAUAUGAAGCACCAGUUCAACGUGUUUGUUACCAUUACUUGUGUCCCUUGUGAAAAAAGUAUUUAAUUCAGGUUGGGCAAGACAAAAAGGGAUACAUUAUUGUAUUUGAGGUCAGGUUAAGGACCACAUGUAUAGAAGAUCAGGGGCUGUGUUUGUUACAGCAUUUUUGCCUCAUGUUUCGUCUGUGCUAACACUUUGCAAUCAGGACAGCUGUUUUGUCGUUUGUGAUGCAUGUCAGCAGAGAGGAAACGCUUCAGGGAUUUCCAGGGAAGCAAUGAGCAGAGCUUCUUUUGGGGAAAGCCGAGGAUCAUCGCUUAGCUCAAGAACAUGGUGAUGAGGAGAGAUAUGCGGAUAGAUUCAGAUGUGCAAUUGCGAUGGUUCUGAUCAAAUAAACCAUACUGAAGCCCUAUCAAUAGGCACUCGCACUUGCGUGUCCAGAUUUGAUUGGACACUCUGUCCAGUCAGGAAUAUAUCAAUACAGAGCAGAGUUCUCUUACCCUCACAUUUGAAUGAAGUAUCAAAAAGUCAUUACUCAAAAAUUGACCCUAAUUCUAGUGGAAGUGGAAUGAUUCUUAUUAAUCACAACAAUUUGCUUUGAAAAUGUUUGGAAUUAAAGUGCAAAAUGUA